GGCAGCUUGCUCAUAUUCUUCCCCACCCUCCAUAACCCCUCUUCUCCUUCAAACCCGUCGCAGAUUCUCUUUCAAUUUAUUUCACCCCUCUUCUUCUUCUCCGAUCCCACCGCCGCCGCUGCCCACCGCCGUCCGCCCGCCAUGGUCUCCGCUCGCAACCACUCCCACGCCCACUACCUUCCUCCUUACUUCAGUGUGGCGCCUAUGAUGGAAUGGACCGACGUCCACUACAGGACCAUGGCUCGCCUCAUCUCCAAGCACGCCUGGCUCUGGACUGAGAUGCUCGCCGCCGAGACCAUCGUCUACCAGAAGGACAAUCUGGACAGAUUCUUGUACUUUCCUCCGGAGCAACAUCCUAUUGUUCUACAAAUCGGCGGCAGUAAUUUAGAGAACCUGGCGAAAGCUACUCGGCUUGCUAACAUUUACAAAUACGAUGAGAUCAAUUUCAAUUGUGGAUGCCCUAGUCCGAGAGUAGCUGGACAUGGGUGCUUUGGUGCUCGUCUUAUGCUGGAUCCAAAGUUUGUUGCCGAGGCUAUGUCAGUGAUUGCUGCCAACACAGAUGUCCCUGUCAGUGUUAAGUGUCGAAUUGGUGUUGAUGAUCACGAUUCAUACAAUGAGCUCUGUGAUUUUAUUUAUAAAGUUUCUUCUCAAUCACCAACUAGGCACUUCAUCAUACAUUCUCGGAAGGCACUGCUGAAUGGAAUCAGCCCAGCUGAAAAUCGAAGUAUUCCACCUCUUAAAUAUGAGUACUUCUAUGGCCUCUUGCGUGACUUUCCAGACUUAAGAUUUACAAUAAAUGGUGGAAUAAACACUAUUGAAGAGGUCAAUGCAGCAAGGAAAGAAGGAGCUCAUGGCGUUAUGGUUGGACGGGCUGCAUUUAAUAAUCCAUGGAAUACUUUGGGGCAUGUUGAUACUGCUGUUUAUGGUGCACCAAGCAGCGGUCUAACGCGACGUCAGUUAUUGAAGGAGUUUGAAGCUUAUGGAGAGACUGUUUUGGGAAAAUAUGGACUAAAGCCCAAUGUUCGAGAUGUGGCAAAGCCUUUGCUUAGCCUUUUCUAUGCUCAGCCUGGGAAUACCCUUUGGAAACGCAAAGCUGAUGCUGCUUUCAUGCAUUGCACGACUAUGAAAUCAUUCUUUGAGGAAACACUUUUAGCAAUACCAGAUUUUGUAUUGGAUGCACCUAUUGGAGCGCCACCACCGGGUAGUAAGGACCUUUUUGCAAACGUUCAUGCAUUAUUGCCUCAGCCAUAUGAAUCAAGGGAACAAGAGCUACAGUGUGCAUAGUCUAUCAAUUCUAUACUUCAGUGGCAAUCUGUAGUGCCAGGUAAAGCAUAUUCUUUGUCACAUUCCAAAUGUAAUCUAUUGAUCUGAUGCAACAAUGUUACUCGAACGUGGCGAUGCGUAGUCAGUCAUAGUCAUAGUUUUUGUAAGGCAGUUUUUGUCCAUCUUGAAAACAUUCAGACGGGCGACUAACAAUUUGCUCAGUAAACAUGCAGAGAACCACCUCCCAGAUACUUUGUUGUGCUUGUGGGAUGUUUUUGUUAUAGGGCAAAAUUGAAAUUGAUUUGAGCUCUUUGAAACUUA